GAAAGUGUAUCAUAGUAAUGAAUCACUAUAUAUCAAAACUUUACAAUUAGUAUAUAGAGAAAAUAAAAAAUUACUCAAUAAAGAAUUAGUUAUAAAUAUAGGAAGAGUAGAAAUAAGUUUAGUUAGUUUAGAAGAAGUAAUUAUUCAGCAA